CAAGGCACAUGUCACAUGUUUCUAUCGUAAAAAGAAGAAGUCUAACCUUUGAGUUUGACAUAACCUCAAAAAUCAAAAUUUAUAAAUUUUACAAUGUUUCAUAAUAAAUUUUAGUGUGUUAUUCAGUAAAAUAAAUAUAUUAACUAUGGCUACAAAGCAUUUGGCUACGGCUACAGUAAGAGCUGUACAACGCAAGUUAUUGCCUACCAGAGCAGCUUUGUAUUUGACACCAUCAGCAAUUACCAAAAUAAAAGACAUACUUAAGGACAAACAAUACAUUGGUCUCAAAAUCGGAGUAAGGCAAAGAGGUUGUAAUGGUCUCUCUUAUACAUUAGAUUAUGCCAAGGAGAAAGAAAAAUUAGAUGAAGAAGUUAUUCAAGAUGGUGUAAGAGUAUUCAUUGACAAAAAGGCACAAUUGACACUAUUAGGUACCGAAAUGGAUUUUGUAGAAUCUAAACUUAGUUCUGAAUUCGUUUUUAAUAAUCCUAAUAUAAAAGGGACUUGUGGAUGUGGAGAAUCAUUUAGUGUAUAAUAGAAAUGAUAGUAGUAUAUUGUAUAUAUGUGUGAUAUUUUGCAAUAGGUAAUUCUACAAGAUUGUAACUCAACACAGUGUUAUUUUAAUUUAAUGCACAAUUUAUCGUUAAUUAAAUAUUUGAAUUG